AUUUCAUUUAUUUUGGACAAAAACGCUUUUCCCCCCACGAUUUCCUGGAUAAGAACUGCUCUACCCACAAUCACACACUGAAGCGACGUCUUUGAUUGGUGCAGGUCGCCGUUACCAUGGAAAAGUUUAAACCCGCGAACGCUCGAAUGUUGCCGAAUCAAACAAGCUAAGAACUCGUUAAAGUUAGCCUGUUAGCCGCCGUAGCGCUGUUUCCAGCGGGUCGAAGAAGAGACUCCAUGUUUCUUUCCUUUGCUAAUAAACAAAGGAAUACAAAUAACAAUAACUUAAAAAAACACAAAGAGCCCCCCAAAAAGAACCUACAAACAUUCACCAUGUCAGCAACUGAUGACUCCUCCUGUUUCUAUGGUACUUGAAAGCAGCACACCGGAAGUGCUGCCGGAGUCACGCGAAACAGCCGUGCAGCAGUAAGAAAGUCUGACAGCGCGCGGGUCCAGCUGUGAAGUGUUUCGUCAUGGGUCUGGAGGCCUGGUACAUGGACGGGUCCGAGGAGGACCAGAGGAGGCCGCACAGGCUGGAGCCGCACCAGCCGGUGAGCCUGGAGCAGCUGAAGGAGCUCGGAGUGUUUUACUGGCAGCUGAACGCCGACAUCUAUGAAAGCGACCAGGAGCUGCAGCAGAUCCGUAAGGACCGGGGUUACUCCUACAUGGACAUCAUCACGAUCCACAAGGACACUCUGCCCAACUACGAGGAGAAGCUGAAGAUGUUCUUCGAGGAGCACCUCCACCUGGACGACGAGAUCCGCUACAUCCUGGACGGCCAGGCCUACUUUGAUGUCAGGGACAAGGAGGACCGGUGGAUCCGGAUCGCCAUGAGAAAAGGGGACCUGAUCACGCUGCCGGCGGGUAUCUACCACCGCUUCACGCUGGACGAGAUGAACUACACGAAGGCUAUGCGGCUGUUUGUGGGCGAGCCGGUGUGGAAGGCUUACAACCGCCCCGCUGACAACUUCGAGAUCCGUCAGCGAUACGUGGCGUCAAUGCAGGGAUCCUGAGAGUGCCGCGGACGCCAUUCCCACUGCAGAAAAAGUCUGUCCAAUCAGAGCAGAGAACGAUGAUGUGGACGACGAUGUAGCAUGAAGAUUUUAAUUUCAGUUUCUACUUCUUAGACAGAAAUUUUAGUUUUUACUGUGAGGAACAAUCAGCCACAACAUUAAGACCAGAGCAUGACAUCACCAUGAGUGCUUCACGACUCAGGACGAGACCAUCAGCAGGUCAUGGCGUGAGGGCAGCGUCGCCCUGCUGGCCGUGAGAGAGAAUGCAGAGGUCAGGUGACUCUUAGACUGCUGCCCGACGCCUGGAUAAGACGUGCAAAACUCCUGCCCAGUGAGCCUGGAGGCUCCGCCCCUCCACACAGAGGUCCUGGGUGGUUUGAAUGUUGUAGCACAGCUUCCUUCAUCAGGACUUUAACUCUUCUUUAAAGGUUCUCGUGAUUAUUCAGGAUCCAGCUCGUUAGUGCCUUCCUGUCUCUGGAUUAAAGGAUAAAUAUGAA